ACAUUCGCAAUGUUCGUGAGCCUCUGAUUAGUGGCUCCUAUGGCGGCAAUAACCCCUAUUUGUUCCACAAUUAGAUUCAGUACUCAAAACCAUAGCCAUGAAUUCAAAUCAUCGAUUUUCAGUUUCACACCUUGAAAGCAAAAUAGCACAAUCUGAUUGGUCUUUGCCUCUAAUCACAACCAGAAUCUUCAGUCUUCUCCCGGAUUAUACUCUGCCAAGAAAUUUGACCUCACCGCAUCUAAUGUUGACCUCGUUCUCUACGACGUUCGCCCUUACCUCAUCGUCGACGGCGGCAACGUGGUCGUCGUCUCCGUGAAAGACAGCGUUAUAUCCCUACGUCUCCAAGGAGCAUGUGAGAGUUGCCCUAGCUCCACCACAACAAUGAAAAUGGGAAUCGAGCGCGUUCUCAAGGAAAAAUUUGGCGAAGCCGUGAAGGAUAUACGUCAAAUCUACGACGAAGAAACGAGAGAGACAACGGUUGAGGCGGUGAAUAAUCAUCUUGGGAUAUUGAGACCGACCAUUAAGAAUUAUGAAGGGAGUGUGGAAGUGUUGUCCGUUGAAGGUGGGGAGUGUCUUGUGAAGUAUGUUGGGCCUGAGUCCAUUGGAUCAGGAAUCAAAGCUGCUAUCAAAGACAAGUUUCCAGAUAUUCUCAAUGUCACCUUCUCUGCCUAGGAUUAGGAACGUCCUCAUUGUCACGUUGAAAUAUGUGUAGGGAGAUGAAUGAAUGAAUGAAUGAACGGGAAGGACUCAGCUGCAUCAAGAUUAUGAUAUGGAGAUUUUGAAUUUAUACAAUUUCUUUGUAAAAAGUUUGUCCAAAGGAAGAAAUUGGAAGAGAGAAGAGACAAAUGUGGUAUGAGAUGAUUGAUGCGAUGAAGAAGCAAAGAAAAAAAAUAACGUUGUAGAAAAUUAUAUCAAUGAUAUAUCCAUGUUUUAUUGGUUUAUCUGUUUUCUCUGGUUCAUUGAGGAGCCUUGGCCGAUUAUUAUAAAUGCUAUAUGAAUGUUCAAUUUAAAAUUUUUUCUCCUUCUACUAAA